AAUAGCCAGGUGGGAGUGGUCUUCAGGCGAGGAAGAUGGCGUCGGCCAUGCUGGUCCUGGUGGUUCCUCCGUGGCCGGCAGCCCGGGGACUCCUCCAGAACUGUUGGGAACGACUGCAACGGAAACUUUGGCAGAGCUGGCGAGGCUUUCCCAGUUCCCCGUGGGGACCAGCAUUAGCGGUCCAAGGUCCAGCAGUAUUUACAGAACCAGCAAAUGAUACUAAUGGAAGUAAGGAGAUCUCCAGCCUUUUGGAUAGUAUUUUUUGGAUGGCAGCUCCUAAAAACAGACGCAGCAUUGAAGUUAACCGCUGUAGGAGAAGAAACCCUCAGAAGCUUAUUAAAGUUAAGAACAAUAUUGAUGUGUGUCCUGAAUGUGGUCACCUGAAACUGAAGCACGUCCUUUGUGGCUAUUGCUAUGAGAAGGUGUGCAAGGAGACGGCAGAAAUCAGAAGACAGAUAGGGAAACAAGAAGGGGGACCGUUCAAGGCUCCUCCCGUGGAGACUGUGGUGCUGUACACAGGAGAGGCACCAUCUGAACAAGAUCAGGGUAAGAGAAUCAUUGAACGAGACAGGAAGCGACCGUCCUGGUUCACCCAGCAUUAAGACCAAAGGUAUUCGAGGAAGAUAACUUCAUAUAAAACACUUGUCCUGGAAGAAAGGAAGAUGCUUUGUUUUCAUGUUAAUUUUAUGCUUGUUUUAAAAUCACCAGUAUUGGGGCGCCUGGGUGGCGCAGUCGGUUAAGCAUCCGACUUCAGCCAGGUCACGAUCUCGUGGUCCGUGAGUUCGAGCCCCGCGUCGGGCUCUGGGCUGAUGGCUCGGAGCCUGGAGCCUGUUU